UCUAUUAAAUUGUGUAUAUAUAACGGCAAGCUUAUAGGAACAGAUGCUACUUUAAUUAAAAGAUGUAUUUAUCCCUUAUCCUUCACAAAAUAAUACAUGUAAAAGCAGGUUUACAGAUUGAAACAUGACAGCCAAGAGACAAGAAUAUUUGUUGCUAUAAUACGGAGGAUAGUGAGCCAGCAGCCAUCCGAAAGAGAGGAAGCGUGUACUGUAUCAGUAUGGAAACUGCUAUACCUACAACUGAGAUCAGCGACAAUUUUACUACCAAGCCCACUAUAUUCCCCAGAUCUGGCUAUAGCAUCUUGGCGUUUCUUAUGUUUCUAAAUGCUGCCUUUUCAAUUUUCAAUAAUUUGUUGGUCAUUUUGGUGACUAUGAAAUAUCCUCAACUCCGCAAUCCUAUCAAUAUUUUUAUCCUUAACCUCUCAUUUUCUGAUCUGUUAAUGACACUGUGUGGGACAACCAUAGUGAUUAGUACCAAUUACCAUGGCUAUUUUUACCUGGGCGAAAAAUUCUGUAUCUUCCAGGGCUUUGCUGUCAACUAUUUUGGAAUUGUAUCACUUUGGUCUCUGACUAUCUUAGCCUUUGAGAGAUACAAUGUAGUGUGUGAGCCAGUUGGAGCUCUGAAGCUAAGCACACAAAGAGGUUACCAAGGACUAACGUUUAUUUGGCUGUUCUGUCUGAUCUGGGCAAUAGCACCUCUACUUGGUUGGAGCUCCUAUGGUCCUGAAGGUGUUCAAACCUCUUGCUCCAUUGGUUGGGAAGAGAGAUCCUGGAGUAAUUAUAGCUACCUGAUUACAUACUUUCUGACAUGCUUUGUUAUUCCUGUUGCCAUUAUUGGAUUCUCCUAUGGAAGCAUUCUCUGUUCGCUGCAUAAGCUAAACAGGAAAAUUGAGGAGCAGGGAGGAAGGACUAACAAAGAAGAAGAGUUCCGGGUUGUAGUUAUGGUGUUGUUUAUGGUUAUUGCUUUUCUGGUCUGCUGGCUUCCAUACACCAUUUUUGCUCUUAUUGUCGUCAUUAAUCCAACACUCUACAUUCCUCCUCUUGCUGCAACUCUGCCUACAUACUUUGCCAAGACCAGUCCCGUCUACAACCCAAUUAUCUACAUAUUUUUAAAUAAACAGUUCCGCCAUUGCGCUGUUCUGUGCUUGACAUGUGGCCACAUUGACCUAUCUGUACCAGAGGAGGACGGUCCAUCUAUGAUUGUUCCAACUGAAAUCCAAGCAGCUACCAAAAACAAUCAAGUGACUCCAGCCUAGUUACUGCAUUUAAAAACAUUUGGGUCUGACACAGUAUUGUGUUGAUUUAAGAACAGGAGUUAUAUCCCCCAGUCACAAUAAGCUUGAAUCUGUUAAUCUGUUUGGUGUCUGUGGGGAAUUAACUUCAGUUUUUAUAAGAAGAUGUUGCUACAUAAGGCCCUAUAUCAUUUUUUUAUUAGUUUUUUUAAAUAAAAAUACAACUUUAAAGGAAA